AUGAAAGCCCUUACCGCUGCCCUCCUGGUGGGGUCCGCAGCGGCUGCUGUUGCUCCUCAGCAACAGCCCAUUCAGCUCCCCAAAUCCUUUGCCGGCGAGGCUAAAAACAUGCUGGACAAUCAGCUCCACCAUCUGAAAGACGCAUUGAAAGGACUCACGGUGGAGGCUGCAGCCAUCUGGGAUGAAGUUGCUGCUUUGUAUCCCGAGGAUAUGAGCCGUGCAAGCUUCUUUUCAACCCCAAAGAAGCACACUCGCCGACCUGACCAUCAAUGGGACCACAUUGUUCGUGGCGAGGAUGUCCAGAAGACGUGGGUUGAGAAUGCCAAUGGCGAGAAAGAGCGUCGUAUUGACGGCAAGCUUGACACAUAUGACCUCCGAGUCAAGGCUGUGGACCCCAGCGUACUUGGCGUUGACCCUGGUGUCAAGCAGUAUUCGGGAUACCUGGACGACAAUGAAAAUGACAAGCAUUUGUUCUACUGGUUCUUUGAAUCCAGGAACGACCCAGAGAACGACCCAGUGGUCUUGUGGCUCAACGGCGGCCCCGGAUGCUCGUCGUUGACCGGACUUUUCCUCGAACUUGGGCCUUCGCGCAUCAAUGAGAAGCUGGAAGUCGUGCCAAACCCGUACUCAUGGAACGACAACGCCAGUGUCAUCUUCCUAGACCAACCAGUGAACGUUGGAUACUCUUACUCGGGCUCCACCGUCUCCAACACGGUGGCCGCCGGCAAGGAUGUCUACGCCCUGUUGACCCUGUUCUUUGAGCAGUUUCCCCAGUAUGCCAAACAAGAUUUCCACAUUGCGGGAGAGUCAUACGCGGGACACUAUAUCCCGGUGUUUGCGUCAGAAAUCCUGUCUCACAAGAAAACCAACAUCAACUUGCAGUCUAUCCUGAUUGGCAACGGGCUUACCGAUGGAUACACCCAGUAUGAGUACUACCGUCCAAUGGCCUGCGGUGAUGGAGGUUGGCCCGCAGUGCUUGACGAGCAGUCCUGCCAAGCCAUGGACAAUGCCCUGCCUCGAUGCCAGUCUCUGAUCAAGAAUUGCUACGACAGCGAGAGCGUGUGGUCGUGUGUUCCCGCCAGUAUCUACUGUAACAAUGCACUGUUGGCACCUUACCAGCGCACUGGGCAGAACGUCUACGAUGUGCGAGGCAAGUGCAAAGACAGCAGCAACCUAUGCUAUCCCGAACUUGGAUGGAUCACCAAAUGGCUCAAUGAGGAGUCUGUGAUCAAGGCCCUUGGCGCGGAAGUGGACAGCUACGAUUCCUGCAACUUCGACAUCAACCGCAACUUUCUGUUCCAGGGUGACUGGAUGCAGCCAUUCCACCGACUGGUGCCAGGGCUCAUCGAGAAGUUACCCGUCUUGGUCUAUGCAGGCGAUGCGGACUUCAUCUGCAACUGGCUGGGCAACAAGGCAUGGACGGAAGCGCUGGAGUAUCCGGAUCACAAGAAGUUUGCGGCGGCCGAGCUGAAAGACCUGCGGCUUGAUGGCAGCAAGGACGGGCGUAAGAUUGGAGAGGUCAAGUCUCAUGGCAACUUCACCUUCAUCAAAAUCCAUGCGGGUGGGCAUAUGGUUCCUCUGGACCAACCGGAGGCCAGCUUGGAGUUCUUCAACCGGUGGCUCGCGAAGGAAUGGUUCUAG